UUUCUCAACUCCUUCUGUUCUACACUACCAACCAUCAUGAAGAACCUCUUCCUCCUUCUCGCGCCUCUUCUUGUGGCUGCCUCCCCCGUAGAGCGCCGAGCCUCUACGGUAGAGAGCCUUGACACUCUCUACAAAGGCAUCGGAAAAAUCUACUUCGGUGCCGUCACGGAGCAGGCCAGGCUCGAAUCCGGCGAGAAUGCCAAUAUCAUCCAAUCCAGGUUCGGUCAGGUCACGCCCGAGUACUCGAUGAAGUGGGACCAAACAGAGCCGACUCGCGGUCAGUUCACCUUUGCCACCUCCGACUACCUCGUCAACUGGGCCGUUCAGAACGGAAAGAGCGUCCGAGGCCAUACGCUGGUGUGGCAUGAGGCGCUUCCACAGUGGGUGAAAGACAUUACAGACAAAGCAGUCAUGCAGAGCGUGAUCGAGACCCACAUAAGCACAGUGGUAGGCCGAUACAAGGGCCAGAUACGUGCGUGGGAUGUGGUCAACGAAAUCUUCGACGGUGCUGCGAUGCGCAAGUCGGUCUUCUACAACGUUCUUGGAGAAGACUUUGUCGGAAUUGCAUUCCGCGCUGCGCGCAAGGCAGACCCCUCGGCCAAGCUCUACAUCAACGAUUUCGAUCUCGAGGAUAUGAGCUAUGCGAAGCCGCCCGCGCUUGUGGCCAAAGUGAAGCAGUGGCUGUCGCAGCAGAUCCCCAUUGAUGGAAUUGGAUCGCAGACGCAUCUCCAAGCAGGCAAAACCGCCCCAAUCGAGAGCGGACUGAGAUAUUUGACUACCGCAGGUGUUGCCGAAGUCGCAGUCACCGAGCUAGAUAUCGUCAAGGCCAACCCGCAGGAAUACAGGGACGUUGUGCAAGCUUGCUACUACGUGCCCACAUGUGUGGGCAUUACUACCUGGGGCAUUCGUGAUACCGACUCGUAUCACGCUGCUGACACGCCGCUGCUCUUUGCUGAUAGCUGGGCCCCUAAGGAUGCGUACUACGCGAUCAGGGAUUACUUGAGGACACUCCAGAAAUAGAUUUGGGGUGACUGGUAGCUGGGUAGAGGCUGUACAUCCGCUGGAAGGAAGGAGAAGCGAGCGCAGCACGUCGAUACUUGCUCGGUCAAUUGCUGUCAUAACCGGCAAUGCUUGAGAGAACACCUCUAGUUCUAGAUUAGCGAUGUUCUGAAACAACAAAAACUUCUUCC